UGGCACUAAGAGCCGGAAGGAGCCGGAAAAGCCGUUAUCAAUCCAGGCAACUAGUUUCCGGCGUCGCGCCCCCGCGCGUAGCCUUCACUGCGCAAGCGCAGCCUGCGGCGGGCGGAGAAGUGAGGGCGGGCGGGUCCAGUGACUGCGGUCCCGCCAGGCCGCCCAGUGCCCGGCUCGCCGCCGCGGCGCAGCGAUGGCCAUUUUCAGUGUGUACGUGGUGAACAAAGCCGGCGGCCUGAUUUACCAUCUGGACAGCUACGCGCCACGAGCCGAGGCUGAGAAAACGUUCAGUUACCCGCUUGAUCUGCUGCUCAAGCUACACGAUGAGCGAGUGCUAGUUGCCUUCGGCCAGCGCGACGGCAUCCGGGUGGGCCACGCAGUGCUGGCCAUCAAUGGCAAGGACGUGAACGGCAAGUACACGGCCGAUGGCAAAGAGGUGCUGGAGUACCUCGGCAACCCUGCCAACUACCCCGUGUCCGUGCGAUUCGGCCGGCCCCGCCUCACCUCCAAUGAGAAGCUCAUGUUGGCCUCCAUGUUCCAUUCGCUGUUCGCAAUCGGCUCCCAGUUGUCUCCUGAACAGGGCAGCUCAGGCAUUGAGAUGCUGGAGACAGACACAUUCAAGCUGCACUGCUUCCAGACCCUGACAGGAAUCAAGUUUGUGGUGCUGGCAGACCCUAGGCAAGCUGGAAUAGACUCUCUACUCCGAAAGAUUUAUGAGAUUUACUCAGACUUUGCCCUCAAGAAUCCAUUCUACUCCCUGGAAAUGCCCAUCAGGUGUGAGCUGUUUGAACAGAACCUGAAGUUAGCCCUGGAGGUGGCAGAGAAGGCUGGAACUUUUGGACCUGGGUCAUAGGCUGAACCUGCAACAAUCCCCCACCCCGCCGCUGCCUUCCUAAAUUCUGAGAUCCUGUAGCAGGGGUCUUACUGCGUCCUCUCCAGUGGGAGUCCCAGGCACCUUGUUAGUACACCUGAAAGGGAGCGGGGGAGGGGGGCUGAGUUCGAUGAGGGUACUAAUCCCUGAGCCUUCCUACUAUUCUCUUUCCCGUAUCUGUCAUGGUCCUCCUUUCCACUACAGAUUUUACUUACGGAGGAGGUAGGCCAUAAGUGCUGUAAUAAACAUUCCUUUGAUCUCA